UUUACUGGAGAAAAAAAGAUAACAGGAUAAGGAAAUUUCUCCACAACAAAAAAACAACAAAAGAAGAAGUUCAGUUCAGCCAAAGCCCGAUAAGAGGAAGCAGAGAUAUCUAUGUAGAAAGAGUGAGAGAAAGAGAAUGGCUCUAAAAACUACAGCAACACUCUCUUUGAUGACCCCAGUUCCUUACUCUCCCUCUCAUCCUUUCUCCUCCAACUUCUGCUUCAGUAUCAGCACUACUACUUCCAGUGUCAACACUUUAACACCACCAAGAACAAGAAAAGCAAUACAAUUUAGAAACACAACAGUAACAAGGCAACAAAGAAGAAGCAAUGGAGGUGCUGGUGGUAUGAUGAUAUCAGCAGCCCAUCCACCCCCACUGGAUCUAACUGAAGAUAAUGUACGAGAGGUCCUGGCUGAUGCACGAAUUCAUUUUGCACAGAUCUUCGAUACUUCCAUUGGCAUGACAGGAGUGGCAGAGCUCUCUGAAGUAGAUGGCCCUUACGUGAAGAUCAGUCUCAGGGGCCGAUUCUGGCACGAGCGCUCCCUGGUUUUGGCCAGGCUUGGCAAUUAUCUCAAGCAGAGGAUUCCUGAAAUCUUGGAGGUGGAUAUUGAAGACGAGAAGCAAUUGGAUGACAGCCCUGAAAACUUUUAAAAGAAUUUGAGGUAUCUGUUUGGCUGUUCCUUCCAUACACUAUGUAAGCUGUCUGGAAUCAACCAUUUUACAAAAUUCAUGAAACAAACUCUCCUGCUGCACUCUUCUUGCACAAUUGGAGGAGAACCUCAGUGAAGUGAGUUUUUUUCAGUUUUGAUCAGGAAUUGGUUUGAUUCCAACUAUUAGUAAUUUUAUAGCGAAGAGAAGAAAUGAUGUUAUCAAAAUUAUCGUGUCUUAGGGAUUAUAUAUGUAGAAACUAGACGGAGAAUCACCUUUAUCCUGUAUAAAACUAAUAUUCUACUGUUUUCUGCUUGCUCAACGAGCUACUGUAAGUCAAGAUUUUCGGUUCUUUAUCACGACUAUGAGAUAUGAAAUAAACUCGCAACACA